AUAGCUAGCUAGUUUCCCUUUUUGCCAAAUAACGCAAAUAAUAUGAACACGUUACAUGACAGAUUCCUUCGUAUACAAUCGUGUUUGUGGUUUAUUUAUUUAAGGUUGUUCAGUGUUUUUAUUUUUUUAAGGACAGUAGUUGUUUUUGUUUUGUACUCCGGUCAAACAGGGGGCGCUGUGGAAAAUGGUGUGUCACCAAACGGUCCAUCAUCUAAUGAACAGUCAGCUAGUGGCCCUCCACUAGUUUUUGACAACAACGACUCUGUCGACAAUGUUCUCAUCUUGACUUUUGGCCCCAUAACUGCCAAUACUUACUCUAAGUUUGUUGACUUUUUAUUUUUUGAAGUUACACACCAUGGAGCCGUCUGCGCCCAAAAGCAAGCUGAAAAAGCUGAGCGAGGACAGUUUGACCAAACAACCGGAGGAAGUGUUUGAUGUUUUAGAGAAACUCGGUGAAGGUUCCUAUGGCAGCGUGUUCAAAGCCAUCCAUAAGGAGUCAGGCCAGGUGGUGGCAAUCAAGCAGGUUCCUGUGGAGUCUGAUCUGCAGGAGAUCAUCAAAGAGAUUUCCAUCAUGCAGCAGUGUGACAGCCCUUACGUAGUGAAAUACUAUGGCAGCUACUUCAAAAACACAGACCUGUGGAUUGUCAUGGAGUACUGUGGAGCCGGCUCUGUCUCUGACAUCAUCAGACUGCGCAACAAGACGUUGACUGAGGAAGAGAUUGCCACUAUCCUGAAGUCGACACUGAAGGGUCUUGAGUACCUUCACUUCAUGAGGAAGAUCCAUCGGGACAUCAAGGCAGGAAACAUCCUCCUCAACACUGAGGGACAUGCCAAACUGGCAGACUUUGGAGUUGCUGGACAAUUAACGGACACCAUGGCAAAGAGAAACACUGUAAUUGGUACUCCGUUCUGGAUGGCCCCAGAGGUGAUCCAGGAGAUCGGCUACAACUGUGUGGCUGACAUCUGGUCCCUGGGCAUCACGUCCAUAGAGAUGGCAGAGGGCAAACCUCCCUAUGCUGACAUCCAUCCCAUGAGAGCGAUCUUCAUGAUCCCCACCAACCCUCCUCCCACAUUCAGGAAGCCAGAGCUUUGGUCAGAUGACUUUACAGACUUUGUCAAGAAGUGUCUGGUCAAGAAUCCAGAGCAAAGAGCAACCGCCACGCAGCUCCUACAGCACCCAUUUAUCAGCCAGGCCAAGCCGGUCACAAUCCUUAGAGAUCUGAUUACUGAAGCCAUGGAGAUGAAGGCCAAGAGGCAGCAGGAGCAGCAGAGAGAGCUGGAGGAGGAGGAUGACAACUCUGAGGAGGAGACAGAGGUGGACUCUCACACUAUGGUGAAGUCGGGCUCAGAGGGUGCAGGGACCAUGCGGGCCACCAGCACCAUGAGUGAUGGGGCACAGACCAUGAUUGAACACGGCAGCACCAUGCUAGAGUCUGACCUGGGCACAAUGGUCAUCAACAGUGAUGAUGAUGACGAGGAGGAGGAAGACCAGGGAUCAAUGAGGAGGCACGCCACCCCCCAACAGCCAAUACGUCCAUCCUUCAUGGACUAUUUUGACAAGCAGGACUCCAACAAGGCAGCCCAGCAGCAGGAGAAUUACAACCAUAACCAGCCACAGGAGCAGCCCGGCUACCACAUCCAGUCCAAGAAUGUCUUCCCUGACAACUGGAAGGUGCCUCAGGAUGGAGACUUUGACUUUCUGAAGAACCUGGACUUUGAGGAGCUGCAGCUGCGCCUGACUGCCUUGGAUCCCAUGAUGGAGCGGGAGAUUGAGGAGCUCAGGCAGCGAUACACCGCCAAGAGACAGCCCAUCCUGGAUGCCAUGGAUGCCAAGAAGAGACGACAACAGAACUUCUGAGUGCCCCUUCUUCUAGUCUUGGUUUCCCAAAGCCACCAUCACCACAAAACUUACGUCCCUUUGACUCAGAGGAACUAAGAUGACCGUCUGUCUUUGUUGAAAACCCACUGUUGUUCUAACUGACUGCCAACUGCCUCUAAAUGAAGUUGGAUGUUUCUUUUACAUCCAUUUUGGCUCCUGGAAUCUACACUUAUCUGCCUUGUUUCUACACUAUGUCUAGAUGCUGUUCCUCCAAAUCUUAUAUUUGUUUCUAUUGUUCCUAUAAAGUUGCCCUCCCAUGAAUAAUACUCAGGACUGCAGCCAAAGAGAGAAUGGAGGCAUGGCUAUUAUACACCUGAAAGUCACAACACAAAUUUCUCCUUUUCCAAAUGAAAUAACGUUCCAUAUCACACAGAAAGCCCUUUGGGAAUCCCCAUCAACCCAUAAGGAAGCCUAUCCUCUGGCAGUAGCAGCAGUAUAAUCACAGUGGUCAAUGACAAGUGGUAUUUUUUUUUUCCUUAGACUUUUUCAGUGUAAAUAUAAUAUAGAGCCUAGUUUGGAAAUACCUGCAACAAAAAGCUGUGGAGGCUUGUCCAUGACCAAAGACAAUCAAGAUGAUGCUGAUUAAGUUGAGAAUGCCUUAAAAUAUUUAAAACCUGGUUUUAAAAUACAAAACAGAAUAUUACAACCAAGUCGUGAGCUGGUUAAAUCCAUUUCCUCACUUGGAGAUGAGUUGGAAGUGGACUGUGGAAUGCUGCAAGAAUGGACAGAAAUGACGGAAAUCAUGUGGGUGGUGAAGAACGGAUCAUGCAUGUUAUCAUCAUGGUGGACUUGAAAAUUCAAAAACAUGCUUCAUUAUCAUUUAUUUAAUUACGUUGUUUUGGGGCUUCUUUUAAACAUUCAGUGCACUGGCUAUAUUGACUCCAUGCAUCUUGGUGUCUCAUAACACACCAGUCCCACUUACCCACUGCUCUUUCCUUGACAAAAUGAUCCACUUCACUCAAAGUGGAUUGAGUUGGCACCAAAAUUCAUUCCUACCUUUGAAAAAGCAAAGCAUUCCAAAAUACUACGACUUUUAUUUUAAUGUCCCUGCAGUCUUUAAAAACCUUGCAGAUUUAGUUCUAAUGAUGUUUUCUGUAAUUGUUUCACACUAUGAUUGAUUAACUUCAGAUUCCAAUAUGACUUUCUAAAGGCUCUGACACACCAACCUGACGGCCAACCGUCGGCAGAAAAGGCAGUCGGCUCCCCGAGGUCCAAAAAG